UUCUUCCUCAGGAGUCUUCAGAAGCUCCUGCCUCUGAUCUCUUUCUCCAUGUAAAUCAGCAAAUGCUAGCAUCCCCUAUUUUUCUCUUUCUCUCUCCCUGCAAAAUCUUAGGGUUUUUUUGAUCACUGAGAAUUGCUAGCUUCAGAGGCUCCAUCCAUCAAAUCCCGAGACCCCAAAGUCUUCAGUUUUUGUUUCAUUAUACACGAAAUUUGAUGGGCACAUCCUAAUUUGAUUGAUUGAUGUCUUUCACCUACGUUUCUCCGCUGCGACUUCACAGGUCAUGUCAUUUUGGCACUCGAGCGCCACAAAUGGUAUCGCUUUCAUGAAGGUAGUGCUGACUCUUUCUGGAGUUGCAAUUCGUGCAUCAGCGACGCGCUAAUCAUGGCGGCACCAAGGAAUCUGGUGGGCGAUACUGGGAGGUUCAUGAGGGAUGAGGAGAAUGGCAAGGAGGACGAGGAGAAGAAAUCCAAAUUCGAGAGGUUUCCGCUGAAUAGGUGGGAAUUCGCUGCCGCUCUCGGUGUGUUCUUUGUUUUCUCCGCCGGUUUGAUUUGCAUUUACUUGACAAUGCCUGCGGCGGAAUAUGGAAAGAUUAAAUUGCCACGCACGAUUUCGGAUCUUCGCAUCCUCAAGGAUCAUUUUGCAACAUAUGCAGAUAAUCACCCGGCCCAAUUCAUUCUUGGUUACUGCUCUACCUACAUCUUCAUGCAGACUUUUAUGAUUCCGGGAACAAUUUUCAUGUCUUUGUUAGCUGGAGCCCUAUUUGGAGUUUUUCGUGGAAUUCUGUUAGUUGUUUUCAAUGCUACGGCUGGAGCAUCAUCCUGCUUCUUUUUGUCUAAGUUAAUUGGCCGGCCUAUCGUUUCUUGGUUGUGGCCUGAAAAGUUAAGGUUUUUCCAAGGAGAGAUAGCAAAGAGAAGGGAUAAGCUGCUGAAUUACAUGCUUUUUCUGAGAGUUACCCCUACAUUGCCAAACCUAUUCAUCAAUCUUGCAUCUCCAAUUGUUGAUAUACCAUUUCAUAUCUUCUUUUUGGCAACAUUGAUUGGUCUUAUCCCGGCCUCUUACAUUACUGUCAGAGCUGGUCGUGCGCUGGGGGAUCUGAAGUCAGUGAAGGAUCUGUAUGAUUUCAAGACACUAGUUGUUCUCUUCCUGAUUGGUUUUAUCAUCAUAUUUCCUUCAUUUUUGAAGAGAAAGCGUAUCUAUGAGUAAAAAUUGGAUGGCAUAGCCGGCUUCAUUCUAUUGUCAAAGUCAAGUUUCGGGACCAAAACAUUGAAGUACAAAGGAUAAUAUGAUUACUUAACACAUCCAUUAGGAAGGAUAUAUGAUGAAAAUGUCGGCGUACCAUUUUAUUUUCUUUUGGGGUCGGUUAAAUGAAUUACUUAGCAUGUAGCCUUGAUGGCAUCAGGAAGCAUGCGGGGAGUGUUUGGCGAAGCUGUAUCUCCAACAGCUUGACAGCAUGCGGGAUUCGAUUUUUCAGCUGUACUAUUAUUUACUUGUUCAAUCAUUGAUAGUAAUUAAGUAAAGAUUAUAUUAUAGUAGAUGAAGCUAAUCAUUAUCAAGGUGAAAAUGAAAUCA